CGGGGAUGAAUAUCCUUUUUCUUUUUUUGUGAAAGCACACACAAACCCAAUAUUCAAACUCUCUGAAUUCUUUCCUCCAUAAAUUUAUAUUCGGAAAAUCCCUCGCAGGAAACCUAGAUUCAGUAUAUUGUAACAUUUACCGCGGUCGUGCUGGUAGAUUGGUAAAUUCUUUUCUUGAGAAGAAGAAGAAGAUAUGUCAGUCAAAAUUGGGUCUUCAUGGUCCUGUGUUUGCACUACUCUUUCUUCGCCGUUUCAAUUCAAUAGAACCCCCAAGGUCAGCUCUAGAAUCAGAUUGCUUGACAUGCAGCAUUUUGGUACAAGUAGUGCAACUAAUGCUAAAGUUAUUUUGAUGCAAGUUGUUAGGUCAUUCAAGCUUAUGCAUGAAAAUCUUAGGAUGUGUGGGGGUUUAUCCAAGACGCGGUUCAUCUUAUUUGCUACCUCAGAGGAUCCACAAUUACUGGACUGUGAUCAUGAACCAAAUGCUUUGAACAAAGGAAAUCCAAAGCUUCUUGUCAAAGACUUGUCCUCUGAACUUGUUUCAUCAACUGCUCAGGCUGAAGGAAGACCUGGCUUUAUUUCGUUUUAUUUUAGCCGUCCUUACAUAAGAAGAGAAGCUGAGGUCUUGUCUGAUCAUGGAAAGAAUGAAGGAAAUUUGUUAUGGAUUAUGGGUCCCACUGUCCUUGUUGCCUCUUUCAUCUUUCCCUCACUCUAUUUACGAAGAAUACUAGCCACCAUUUUCGAGGACUCUCUACUAACCGAUUUUCUUAUAUUGUUUUUCACGGAGGCUCUGUUUUACUGCGGAGUUGCAUCAUUUCUGCAACUAAUUGAUCAUCAUUUAAGGAUGCGGCGGCGGCCGCCGCCACUUGAGUUGGUAUCUUCUGCACAUGCUACACCACCAUUUGGGUAUACAGUCUCUUCAGUUGCUGUAUUGGCUCUAAGCCUAACAAUUCCAAUGGUGACGAUGGGACUAGUUUGGCCAUGGACGGGCCCUGCAGCUUCUGCUACACUUGCACCGUUUCUAGUUGGUAUUGUUGUGCAGUUUGCGUUUGAGCAACAAGCAAGGCAUGUCAAGUCUCCUUCUUGGCCUGUCAUUCCAGUUGUUUUUCAGGUAUAUAGGUUGCACCAACUAAAUAGGGCAGCACAACUGGUGACAGCCCUUUCAUUGACAGUAAGAGGAGCGGAGACAACAGCUCACAAUUUGGCAAUAAACAGAUCGCUGGGUGCCCUCCUAAACGUCCUGCAAGUGCUCGGUGUGAUCUGUAUUUGGUCACUUUCGAGCUUCGUCAUGCGCUAUUUUCCGAACCAAAACUACUAGAUGCUCAAGUUGCUUUCCUGUUUUCAUAUGUUCCACUUAAGCUGCCGGCGCUGCAUGCGUUCAUGGGAAAUCUCUAGUAUCACCUUGCUUAAUCAGCGCUUAUAUGCUCUAGCUUGUAAUUUCUUUACUUCUUAAUUUGUUUCAACAUACAUUGCUCCUAGACCUACACAAAACGGGCUCGGCCGGGCUUUCUAUAAAUUUUCUGCUCAUUAUAUGUGGGUCGGCCCAGUCUGGUCCACAAAAAUGGGCCUAACUACAUGUUCUUACCCUCAUGUAAGAGCGAGUCGGGUAGUCCACCAGGCUGUCCGGCCCGGGAAAUCUUUAAAGUUUCCAAAUUAUAUAAUUUAUUUUAAUAAU